AUGAAUAAUUUCAGUUUUCCUCCACAACAAAUGCACCCUACUGUAAUUUCAAGAGAAGAAAAACCACCAUAUUCAUAUGUUGCUCUUAUCACUAUGGCCAUUGAAAGUUCUCCAGAAAAACGUAUGACAUUAUCUCAAAUAUAUAACUAUAUAGAAAAUAGAUUUACUUAUUAUAAAAAUUGUGAUCCUAAAAAACGUCAAGGAUGGCAAAAUUCUAUAAGACAUAAUUUAUCAUUAAAUGAUUGUUUUGUAAAAAAAGCACGAGAUGGUGUUGGUCCAGUUAAUGAUAGAAAAGGAAAUUAUUGGACAUUAGCACCAAACUGUGAAAAUAUGUUUGAUAAUGGAAAUUUUAGAAGAAGAAAACGCCUUAAUCGUACUGUUCCAGUUUCAUAUGAAAGAUCAUAUCAAUUACCUAAUGGACAAAGUUAUCAAAAUGUUACUUUUAAUAUUACUGAUACUCCUCAACAAGUAAUGCUUAAUAAUGGUUCAAUAAACCAAUCUUCAAUAGAAAGUAUUUUAAGCAACUUUAAUAACCAAUAUUUUAAUGAGGCCCGUAGGACAACGGGAAAUUAUAUUCAACAAUCACAAGUCCAACUUUCUAGAAAUGAUAAUGUUCCAUCUAAUCAAACAUACUUUUCUCCUAAUAUUGAAAGUAAAAUCAGUCCAAAUAUCUAUUCUCAUUCUGCUUUACUUAACACAAACAAUCCAAGAUUUCAGAAUCAAUAUGCGCAACAACAUGUUAUUAAACCUCAAACAGCUAAUAUAGUUAAUACAUUAAAUAUUGGAACAUGGUCAGGUUUAAAUUCAAUAACAUCAACUGAUAAUGAUUUUUGUAUUGUAAAUGGAGAACUUAAUCAACAACCUCAAAUGAAUUAUAAUAAUAUUCAAUCAAUGCAACAACAACGUCUUGAAAGUGAAAAUUCAAUAAUUGUUCAACAAAAUCAAUCCAUAUAUAAUAAUCAAUUUAGAUAUCUUGAACCACUCCCACCAGCUAGUACCAAUCAGGCGUUAAGUAAUGCACAAAGUAUGAUUGGAUCUAACGCUAAUCAACCAUGGAAUAUACAACCAAUAUCGUUAUUAAAAUCAAGAAAAGACUUAUCUUCUAAUGUAAAAGUUGAAGCAUCAUAA